AUGAGACAGCAGUGGGUUACUUGGGAGUACAAUGAGUUCACUGAGAGGCUUGCGGUAGUGAGGGCUAUGUUGGGGGUUGUUGCUGGUGCGGUGGGAGUGUGGGGUUUCUGGUAUGGAGAGAUGGCUGUGGGUGUGAGGGAUGCCGGCUCUAGAGCGAAAUCGAGUCAUAAAGUCGCCCUUGUCUUUUCGGUACUUUCGGUCCUUGGUACUCUUACGUCAGCCAUAUUGUCCUAUAUCUUACAACACUACAUCUUGAAAAAUUGUCAACGACCGGAGACUCUUGACACGUAUAACACGCGCUUCACGUGCAACGGUACGAUGGUUGGCAGCUCCAAUGAUGGUAUUUGGAGUAGUGUUGGUGGCAUGGUGUGCGAUCCAAGUACGUGCUGCGAAGCGGCGGGCAGCGGCGGAGAGAUGUGCUGA